UCCCUAGGAACCUCGCUUCAAUGGCGCUGUUAACAGCCGAGCUGAAGCAUUUGUCGCUCGCACCGGAAGAGUUGUUUCCUCUCGAGCAUCUGAUCUCCACCAUCCGACGAAGACUUGCAGUUUUCCCUUUUUACAGUUUUCUACUAGGACAAGAUGGCAUUUGAAUCUGACACUGAUGUUCUUCUCUACAAAAACGAUGCAUUCAGAAUAUUGUGCCAUGGUGAUGUAUACUGUUACACCAGACUACUGACAGAGGCCCUGCAGUAGUCCUGCAAAGGAGAAUCAGUGCUUAUACCUAAAAACUGAUAUUUUUCUGAAGCAAUGACACCUUUCAGCAAUGUUUUUUACAGGAAGAUUUUAUGUCUGUUCUCUUACCAUGGAUAUUUUAGAAUGCAUCGAAUGGAAGAUACUCUUCUAAAUGCCUGGCACAGACAACUGAGAAAUUACUCCUAUCAUAAAGUCAAUGUGAUCUCAGCUGUUGAUGUGGUCAAGUAUUGGCAAGGCGUGUUUGAGGCAAACAAUAUCCCAGAAGCACAGACAUCUUCUGAAUAUAUUGUUUCUCAUGUCCUGGGAGCAAAAACAUUCCAGAGUCUGAAUGCCAGCAGCAUAUCUGCUCCCCUUUCAGCAAAGCAACAAAAACAGAUCCAACAGCUCUGUGCGAAACGACUACAACGGAUGCCAGUACAGUAUGUUCUUGGUGAAUGGGAUUUCCAAGAUCUGACACUCAAGAUGAAGCCUCCAGUUUUCAUUCCUCGACCAGAGACAGAGGAACUGGUUUCUCUCAUUCUGGAUGAAGAACGCAGGAAGAGAUUGACUUCUGAAUGCAGCAAGGUCCUUCAGAAUUUCCCAGAGACCCAUGGUCCGGUUAUUUUGGAAGUUGGCUGUGGCUCAGGGGCAAUUGGUUUAAGUCUUCUGAAAAAGCUUCCUCAUAGUCAGCUCAUUGCCAUCGAUAAAUUAGAAGCUGCUGUUAAUCUGACCAAGGAAAAUGCAGAACGGUUACAACUUCAGGAAAGAAUCCAUAUCUUUCACCAUGAUAUAUCUUCAUGUCCUUGGGAAUGCCUUCAGCCUUGGGGUUUGGUAGAUACUAUCAUCAGUAAUCCACCUUACAUUUUUCACGAAGAUAUGAGUGACUUGGCAGCAGAAAUUAUCUGCUUUGAAGACCUUGGUGCCCUGGAUGGAGGCAUUGAUGGGAUGAGCAUCAUCAAAGAAAUUCUGAAAAUGGCCUCUUACAUUCUCAAGGAUUGUGGGAGUGUGUAUUUGGAGGUUGACCCCAGACACCCCAAAAUGGUAACAAAUUGGCUGUCCAGUCAUCCAGAAUUGUUCCUCUUUGUAUCUGCUACACAUAAGGACUUCUGUGGAAAGCCAAGGUUUUUGCAUAUUCAAAAAUUUAGGAAAGAAGAUCGCCAAGGAUCAUGACUAGUUCUGUCUCCCAAACCUGGAAGUGUUUACAGUGCUUUCUAAGGCAUUUACCAACAGAGAAGCACUGGAACAUUUUAAAGAAAGGAUGAUUUACAACCUUUUGCAGACUGCAAAAAAAAAAGAAAAAGAAAAAACCAUUGCAUCUAGAGCUAUCAUUUCACAACAUUCUGAAAAGCCUUUUUCAAUUUCUCUUCCUUGGAUGUCAGAAUCGUUUUCAAAGCACUCAUGGUAUUUACUUUCAAGACAUGAUUACAGUACAGAUACAGAAACUGACAGAUUACACAAGUUUGUAAUGUUAUGCAAUACCCAGGUCUUGGUAAGGCUAAUAAAAAUCAAUGUGCUUAUGCUGUGUCCAUGCUUCUGAUCUGUGUAAUGCUUAACCUAAAAAAAAAAAGUGCUCCAUAUUGCCAAUGCUUUUGCAACAAUAAAAUUACAUACACCACCCCAUUCAUGCCAGUUUGUUAGUUAGAUGUCAAAAAUGUGAGCUCAGCUCCUGGUGACUUUAUAUAGACAAAUGCACACCAUCUCAAUUAGUUUCUCUAAUAACCUGUAAUUCUUCCAAUGACAGUGUAAUUUAUUUUGAUUCCACCAAUCCACCUUUUCCAUUUUCUUUCUCUUUGACCUUUCUCAACUUGCCAAGCAGUCAUUUUUUUCUAGACUGUCCUGCCCAAAAUAUAUGAAUUUGUUCUUGCUGAUCAUCACCGCAAAGGAGCAAUCCAUGUUUACCUGUAGGUACACAAUAAUAAUAAUAAUAAGAGUUGGAAGGGACCUCAGAGGUCUUCAAGUCCAACCCCCUGCCCAGGCAGGAAACCCUACACCACUUCAGACAAAUGGUUAUCCAACAUCUUCUUAAAAACUUCCAGUGUUGGAGCAUUCACAACUUCUGGAGGCAAGUUGUUCCACUCAUUAAUUGUUCUGACUGUCAGGAAAUUUCUCCUUAGUUCUAAGUUGCUUCUCUCCUUGAUCAGUUUCAUUAAUUCAUUGCUUCUUGUUCUACCCUCAUAUUGUGCCUUUCAUUCAGAACUCUACCAACUCCACCAUAUGCAUAUUUAAAUUCUAGCCUUAGAUUUGCAGCUACUUAGAAAUAUGGAGAGGAUUGCCUGGUCUACUAAUAUUCCACAAUUAGGCUCUUUUUUUUCCAGCUUAGUUUUCAGAAAUCUUCAAAUUCAAGAUGAAGCAUAGACACUCAUUUUAUCUCCCUUUCAGGUUCUUAAGCAAGAAUGACAAAGAAGCCUCUUGAAUGUUUUCGUUAAACAGUUCAGUUUUACUUUCUAGCUAGAGGAGGCCAAUGCUUUCUGUCUUUUCCAUAGGGGAUUAAUAAGUAAUUGAUAUAAUUCCACAGAAAAGAUCUACUCUGGAAAUGGGAACUGGAAUGAUAUAUUGAUCAUAAAGCAGCUUCAACAUGGACUAGCAGAGAUCUUGUCACUGAAAAAUGUUUAAUUUACAUAAGCAUGGUUAUAUUUCAAAGAUCAUUUUCAGUGAGACUUUUGAAACAAACUCUUAUAUUUAGAUUGAAUCAGGGGUGGGCUGCUGGGGAUUCGCAGGGGUUCGGGAGAACCUCUAGUUAAGAUUCUGUGCAGUUUGGAGAACCCCCAAAUCCUGGCUGGCCCCACCUACCCCAUCCCUCCCCUCCCAGGAAUCCCCAUGUGGCCCGUUUUGGAUGCAGGUAAGUGCAGGGUGCAUGUGGAGGCUCAGGGAGGAUGAAAAACAGGACUACUGGAAGUUCAGGAAAGCCGAAAAUGAGCCCGUUUCUGGCCUCCGGAGCCUGGGGAGGCCGUUUUCAAACUCCUGAGUCUCGAGGAAAGCCUCCGAAGCCCAGGGAGGACAAAAAUACCCCCCUACCAUGGUGCAGAAGGCCAACUAGGCCAUACCCACCAUGGCCAUUCCCACCCAGAAACCGGGCAGAGAAACCCUUGCUAAAUUUUUUGAAGACCACCCCUGGAUUGAAUCCCAUAUAUGCUUACCUAUAUCUGAACAGAUUUGUGUAAGACUGUUUUAAGUAGAAUUCCUAAGGAACUCAGGAAUUCAGCUGUAUUUGAGGUUAAAUAAGAUGCUGUGGUUUUCUGUUGACUUCUAGUCUUUGAAUUCCCAAUUUUUUUAAAAAAAGUUUUAAAAUGUCAAGGCAAUAAUAAUAUUUACAAUUUAUAGCCAAUUGGAAGCCCUAUUCUACUCAAAAGUAAGCGGCACUGCUUUUGAAGCUAUUUUCUAAUAAAAACACCUAGAUUUCCAUUCAGGCCCAGCAUACCACUAUUUAAUGUUCUUAGCAAGUUGUUUGCAUUUGAUUUUUUGUGCCUGUUUCAUUUUACAUAAACAAUUAUGUUUUUGUUUUUAUGUUAUUAAAAGCUCUGAUCUUAUAAUAAAAAAUGAAAGUUAACAUGACCAUACAUUUCCAAAGUGGGAAAUUACUUAAGAUGUAAUUGUUGAUUUUAGGAGAAUCACUAUAAUAUGUUUCAUAUUUUAGUCUUUGUUCAUUUAAGCAAUUACUGUCCAUUACCACCUAUGACAUUUUGUGUGCAAAGCUUAUUUUUGCCUAGGGAGUUGCCAAGCUCAAAGACAGACAGAGAGUGGGAAAGGGAAAUGUUGUAGCCUUGGCAAGGAUUUAUUUUUCUGGAUUUUCCAGGAACUUAAUUGUGCAGUCUCUAGCCACUCCCUCAUAUGCUGCUGGGAAAAACAGAGGAGUUUAACUCUCUGUUCCUGGAAGUCAGUGAGGCUUAUUAUAUCAGGAAACAGACAUUCUCAGUAGCUAGAAGCUGCUGAAUGGAAAAGAUUAGUCUUUCAGCCCUCUCUCCUCUACUGUCCUUUCCCCAGUUUUUCUGAUGUUUAUCUGUCUGCCCUGGACCUAAAAAGCAUGGAAAUUGUUAACUGCUAUGUUGUUGAUGGAACAAGAGUCUCUUUGACUUAUUUAUCAUGAAGCAGUGAUUUUUUUCAAAAUCCCUCAAAGCUCCCUCCAAAACUCAUACAGCAAAGAGAACCUUGUGGAGUGCCUGGUUUUGUUUUUUUAAACAUGUCCUUCAUAUUUUUCAGUGAAGAGCUCAGAGUUCUUUUGGCCAUUCUUAAAUGAUGGGCAUACAUAAUGCCAUUCUUAUAUUGU